ACUGAUCACCGAAUCAAUUUGAUCCAGCGGGCCGUGCUCUCAAAUUCUCGCCAAAUUCAAGACUUCAAAAUGUACGCUGUCAAUGACAGUGUGAUGCCACCGUCCGGGCAUGAGGCUGAUUAUUUUAGCAACCCGGAUACCACUCCUAUGAUAGUACACAGCCUUAUGUGCUAUCGUCAGAGCGGUGAAUCCCAGGAAUUUGCUAGAAGGGCUAUAGAAAGUCUCGUUAAGAAGCUGAAAGAGAAGCGCGAAGACUUGGAGUCUUUGAUAACUGCCAUUACCACUAACGGUACCCAACCCAGCAAAUGUGUUACUAUACAACGAACCCUAGAUGGCAGGAUGCAGAUUGCUGGAAGGAAAUGCAUUCCUCAUGUAAUUUAUGCAAAAAUUUGGAGGUGGCCAGACCUACAUCGUAACGAACUAAAACAUAUGAAAUUUUGCUCCUUUGGAUUUGAUCUCAAGCAAGAUAGUGUCUGUAUAAAUCCCUACCACUAUGAGCGCGUCGUCUCCUCGGUGGAUUUAGCUGUUAGUUUCCCACCUACUAGGUCCUUUCCUGGUUAUUUUCUAAGGGGAAUUGGGAACUCAUGGUCAGUAGUCUUCUGUCGUAUUAGUUAUUUUGAUGAUCUCUCUAAUUUGAUAAGGGAAUGCAGUUCUGGUGGUCUAUUUUCUCCCUGGAACAUGCAAUUGAUAUUGAAUUUUAGUUAA